CUCAGGCCGUGGUCCAGGCGGCCACGUGCGGCCCUGGGAGAGGUGGGAAGGCUGCUUUGCGGGAGCGCCAGCCCUCCCGGUGGCCCUGAGGGCCCCGCCAGCUGGCCGUCUCUGGGUGGACCACGGCACCGCCCCAUGGGAGAUCAGGAAGCAGGCCCCAGCCGGCCGUCAUGCCCAGGGCCCACCUUCACUCCGUGGUCAGGGAGGGAUGCCCCCGCUCCAGCAGGUCCCAGCCAGGAGGCUCCGCCAGAAUGAAAGGAGAUUCUCUGUGUGUUGUCUGGGCUGUGAAGUCAUGCGAGCAGCUUUUGAAAGAGCCAGUGCCUUCGGAGCACGGAGGUACGCGAGAGGAACCGCCAUUCUCGGGGCUCCUGCAUGUCCCAGUGCCCCGCCGGGCCUAGAAGCAAGGGAGCCGGGGUGCACACGGCGGCUCCGGCCAGGUCCGCGGCUGAUGGGAGCUGCUGCGUCCUUGAGGUCCAGUGCACUGGGCUCCACGUCACGUUCAGCGCUCACAAUCAGACGUGGCACAUUUUCUGGUAGAUCUGACUUUCUACAGCAGUUUCGGGUUCCGAGCAAUAUCGAGAGGAAAGCGCAGAGUGCCGGCCGACACCCUGCCUUCCCCCCACCGCUGGCAGCCCCCAUCAGCACCUGCCACACACUGCACUACACACCACGACCCUGCAGGGCUGUGCGGUCACCGCCCAGAGUCCAGAGUGUGCACGAGGGCUGCUCCAAGGCGUCCACUCGUAGGUCCGGGCAGACGUGUGGUGGCACAGACCCACGUGCUUCCUGCCCAAGCACCCCAAGAGGCGCAUGUGCCCGGUGCUCAGUUUCACGGCUCUGGUCAACGUGUUCCCCCAGGGGCUCCCCUCCCCCGGAAUCUUGGGACAUUCCUGGCCUGGCUGAAGCACCCCACGCUCCCUCAGACUCGCUCUGCUCAGAACUGCCCCGCAGAGCCCCCUCCUCCCUCCGCGCCUUUGAGACCCUCCGUGCUGUGCGUGGGUCUGGGCCGGGCUCCUACCCAAGCUGGGUGGGACUCCCCGGGAGGACUGUGGUUUAUAACAGAUGCGUUCAAGAACCAGUGGCUCAUUUAUGGUUUCUCCAAGAGCAAAUGUUGAGUUUCCGUCUGACGCGGCUGUUCCGCUCCUGAGUGCGCACAGAAGGCGCUGGGAGUGGGCGCUUGGGCAGACGCACGGGACACCUGCUGCCUGCCGGGUUCACCACAACCGAACGUCAGUCCAUGAGUGAGGGGGACUGGGGCCUUUCCAUACCGUGGAACGUUAUUCAGCCAUGAAAGGGCAAGACAGACAGACCCUCGCUACAGGGGG